CGCAGCAACUCGCCCCAGUGCUCCCGGCCGGUUCCACCUUCAUCUGGUUAUUCACUUCCUCGCUCCGGAGACGCUUCUUCACGCUGUCUGCAAGCUGUCCCACUGGAAUUUCUUGCAGAGCAAGGUUUGCAGUCUUUAAGAAAAACUGAAGUGCUUUGAAGAAGUGUCUCAGAGAACCUGGUGUUUUCUGUUGGCUGACUGAUGACAAAUUUAAGAGAGCUCUGUUGCUAUUAAUUAUGCAUUUAUCCUGACUUUUUCUACAUGACCGUGAGGGGCAAUAUUCGGAAUGAAGCUGCCAUCAUGUCAUCCACAGGCAGUGGCACUGAUAUUGAAGAAUUUUUGGUCAACAUUAACUUGGGACAAUAUCUUCCUAACUUUAAAGAACAUGGCUAUAACAUUGUGACAGACUGUAUGGGAAUAAAUAACAGUGCACUUCAGCAAAUGGGAGUAUUGCCUACAGGCCAUCGCAGAAGGAUACUUAAGCAGUUAGACACUGCUCUUUCAAAAAUUCAAGGAAAUUCUCUUUCCCGUGACAGUUUAAAACGCAAAGAGUUGAAAGGUUUAGAAAGGAAACAAUAUUUAUUUUCAGACAAGGAUUCCCCAAUAAGCCAUUUAGAAGUAAAUGAAUCUGGCUUGAUACCUGCAAUAUCAUUGGUACAAUUUCCUAACAAAGCUUACACUGGUAAAGAAAGAUUCAGAGCUGGAGAGCAAAACAUACUGGAAGUGAAUGAUGAAAACUUUCCAAACUCAGAUUUUUCUAGUUUAUACCAGAAUUCAGACAGUGUACUAAAAGCUGCAAGUGGAAGUAUGAAGAUGAAUACUGAGUCAAAUACAUUGCUUGAAAAAGCUGCUGCAUACCAGACUGAUGAGCACUUGGCUGACUGUGUAGCAUUUUGUGAUCCUCUUUCACUCACUCAUUCGUAUGAAACAAAAUACAAGGAAAACAAACAUCAGAUGUUUGCAGUUGAGGAGGAUCUAUCUGAUAGUGAGACACAUUCACCGUUUGUGAAGUUUAAAGGAGAAAUGAUAGACAAUGACUUAUAUGAUUCUUGUACGCAGAACAGUGUGAAAGUAUUUCCAAGAGCAAGCCGAUCUUUUAUAUUAAGGCAUCGACCAGUACCAGAAAUCCCUGAAUCAAGCAAAGUUGAAACUUCAUUGAGUUCCCUUCAGAAAAGAAGAAACGUGGAUGUUACAGACAUAUCUUGUGCUGGGAGGCAAGUUUCACAAAAAAAAACUUUCUCGGAAGAAAAGCCACCUGUCAUAUCACCUUAUGGAGAAACCUUUUUUUGGGACAACCUUAAAGAUGCUAAAGAACAUCAUAGGAAUGAAUUCCUGGCUUGUGAAAAUAAAUCAGAUUUGGAAAUGUCUGAAGAAUAUUCUUCUAACAGGAAUAUAUGUUCCCUUAAUAAUCAAGAUGGGAAGACAAAGGAAUGUGUGAAAAAUGAAUCUUUGUCUCAGGAAAACAAAUCAUUACCUCCAGAAGACUUGGAAAGCGAACCUGUAUAUUCUAUUGUGGAUCAAUGUUCUUUUUCUUCCAAGAAAAAUAAAAAUAAAACCAAUACCCACUCAUCAUCCUGUAAGAACCAAUGUGGAGAAUCAUAUUGUCUGGUCAGUGAACAAAUGGAUUCUCAACAAUUUGAUGGAGCUCAAACUUCAAUUGCAAAUGAAUCAAUAGCACCAUAUGCUUGCUUUUAUGGAUCAUCAGUAAAGAAGGUUAAAGCAGGAUGGCUGGAUAAAUUAUCUCCUCAAGGCAAACGUAUGUUUCAGAAGCGCUGGGUUAAAUUUGAUGGAGACAGCAUUUCUUAUUACAAUAAUGAAAAGGAAGUGUUCUCAAAGGGAAUAAUACUACUUUCUGCUAUAGCAACAGUUAGAGUUCAUGGAGAGAAUAAAUUUGAAGUUGUUACAUCCCAUAGGACUUUUGUCUUCCGAGUGGAUAAAGAAGAAGAAAGGAAUGACUGGGUUGAUAAAAUACUCAAUGCCGUGAAAUCUCAAUCUGAUAAUAACCCUCAGUCUCGAAUUUCUGUUGCUCCUGAGAAAAGUGGAUAUCUUGAACUGAAAGGAUACAAAGCCAAAAUCUUUAUUCUUCUUCAAGGGAAUACUGUGUGGAUCUGCAAAAAUGAGCAGGACUUUAAGACAGGAUUUGGUAUCACCUUAAUCCCUAUGAAUGUGGCAAAUGUAAAACAAGUGGAUCGGGCUGCAAAACAAACUUUUGAAAUAAUUACUCCUUACAAAAGCUUCAGCUUUACAGCAGAAUCGGAAAAAGAGAAACAAGACUGGAUUGAAGCACUGCAGGAAUCGAUAGCAGAAACUCUGUCUGAUUAUGAAGUAGCUGAGAAGAUUUGGUUCAAUGAAUCCAACAGGAGCUGUGCUGACUGUAAAGCUCCCAAUCCUGAUUGGGCAUCCAUCAAUCUCUGUGUUGUCAUUUGUAAGAAGUGUGCAGGACAGCACCGAUCUUUAGGACCAAGAGAUUCAAAGGUCAGGAGUUUAAAAAUGGAUGCCAGCAUUUGGAGCAAUGAACUAAUUGAGCUCUUUAUCAUCAUUGGGAAUAAGAGAGCAAACAUUUUUUGGGCAGGAAAUCUUCCUCCGGAUGAAGAGCUGCACAUGGAUGCCCCUGCAGAAAAAAGGAUUGCAUUCAUUACACAAAAAUACAAAGAGGGAAAAUUCAGGAAAACACCCUUUCCCUACAAAACCAAAGAACAAUUGAAUAAGGCCCUGUGUGCUGCUGUAGUUAAGCAAGAUGUGCUAGAAACUCUGAUGCUGCUGUUCAGUGGGGCUGAUGUAAUGUGUGCUACUGGUGAUCCUGUUUACAGUACUCCAUACUUAUUAGCUAAGAAAGCUGGACAAAGACUGCAAAUGGAAUUCCUCUACCAUAAUAAGUUCUCAGAUUUCCCAAACUUUGAUACCAGUUUUGAAAGCGGCUUCUCUGAAGAUUCUUCGCAUUCCACUUUUCUAUGUGAAUUUCUAUACAAAGUUUCUUCUAAUUCAACCAAGCUUCUUACAGAGAAGAAAUUAAAAGAAGAUUGCAACAAAAGAUGGUGCACUUUGGAAAGUGGCUUUCUCAGCUACUAUGAAAAUGAUAAAGCUACCACUCCUAAUGGUAUGCUUGACAUCAGCGAAGUUAUCUGUCUUGUAGUGCACAAUUCGGAUUACUUUUUAAACAGAGGGGACAUCUUUACCUUUGAAAUCUAUUUAAUGUCAGAACGUGUUUUUCUGUUUGGAGCUGAAACUGCGUAUUCACAAAGAAAAUGGACUUGGGCAAUAGCUAAGCAUUUUGUUCCCCCUGUAGCUGAAUGCUUAUUAGAGAGGGACUGUGACCUGAUUGGCCAGCUGUACUACAAAGAUUGCCAUAACCUGGAUCAGUGGAGAAAAGGCUGGUUUGCUAUAGAAAAGUCAAGCCUUCAUUUUUGUCUUGAAAUGGAGAGUGCUCAAGAAGAUUCCAUAUAUCUAAGGAGGCUACAAGAACUAACAAUCAGUAGCAUGAUGCAAAAUGGAGAAAAAAUAGAUGUCCUGCUGCUUGUUGAAAAAGGAAGAACACUGUACAUUCAUGGCCAUACGAAACUGGAUUUCAUAGUCUGGUAUACUGCAAUUGAAAAAGCAGCGGGUACAGAUGGUAAUGCAUUGCAAGAUCAGCAGCUCAGCAAAAAUGAUGUUCCUAUUAUCGUGAACAGCUGUAUAGCAUUUGUUACACAGUAUGGUUUAGGUAGCAAGCAUAUAUACCUCAAGAAUGGCAAUUCAUCCAAUGUGGCUGAACUGCUGGAAAGUUUUAAAAAAGAUGCAAGGAGUGUUAAACUGAGAGCUGGAAAACAUCGACUUGAAGAUGUGACUGAUGUAUUGAAAAGCUUUCUUUCUCAAAUAGAUGAUGCAAUUCUCACUAAGGAACUCUAUCCAUUCUGGAUUUCUGCAUUAGAUAUGCAAAAUGAAAAGGAACGCGUGAUGAAGUACGGAGCUUUUAUUCGUACACUCCCACCAGUCAAUAAGGCAACUUUGGCUGCUUUAAUUGAACAUCUUUACAGGGUGCAGAAAUGCUCUGAAAUCAAUCAUAUGAACCCUCACAAUCUAGCCCUGGUGUUUUCUUCUUGCUUAUUCCAAACUAAAGGCCAGACUAGUGAAGAAGUGAAUGUAAUUGAAGAUCUAAUUAAAAAUUAUGUGCAACUUUUUGAUGUAAAUGAAGACCAGAUCAAACAAAUGGAUAUAGAGAACAGUUUUAUUACCAGAUGGAAAGACACUCAGGUUUCCCAGGCUGGAGACCUGCUGAUUGAAGUUUAUGUAGAAAGAAAGGAGCCAGACUGUAGUAUUAUAAUCAGGGUAUCGCCUUUGACAGAAGCAGAAGAAUUAACUAAUGAUAUUUUAGGAAUAAAAAACAUUACUCCCAACAAAGAUGAUAUCUGGGCCACUUUUGAAGUACUUGAAAAUGGAGAGCUAGAACGUCCACUGCAUUACACAGAGAAUGUUCUAGAACAGGUUCUUCACUGGAGUUCACUACCAGAGCCCGGCACUGCAUAUCUGAUAAUAAAGAGAUUUUUAACAGCAGACAUGAUGAAACUCUACAAUGAGAGAAAUGUGAAGGGUAGUGUGAAAGCUGGCUAUCUAAAGUACAAAGAAGAACCUUCAAAACUGCUGUCUGGAAACAAGUUUCAAGAGCGUUAUUUUGUACUACGGGAAGGAAAUUUGCUUCUUUACAAGGAUAUGAAGGCUAGCAAACCUGAAAAAGUGUUGCCUGUCAACUCACUGAAGCUUUAUCUUGGAGUGAAAAAGAAAAUGAAACCACCAACAAACUGGGGAAUUGUAGUGAUUUCUGAAAAGCACCAGUGGCAUAUAUGUUGUGAUGGACAGGAAGCACAGAUAGACUGGAUGAUCAGCAUUUUUACUGCAAAGCAUGCCAGUAUAUGGCCGCCUGCUGGAAAAGCAAGAAAACAGUCUAUAACUAAAAGUCCAAAGAUUGGAGGUUUACAACUAAUUCCCAUUCAACAGGAGAAGACAACUUGUAAAAUCAGAGGGAGUACAGAAGAUAUACAGUUGAAACUGAGGAAACCAAAACUUGAUGAACAUAAUGAAAUUGACCCAGUGGAAGAAAGAAGAAACUUGAAAGAAAAAGCAUCUAUUGUGGCACAGUGUUUAGAACGCAAGGAGGAGAGAGUGCGAAAUCAUGCCAAAACACGUCAGAGUUUUAUCUCUGCUGAGGAGAUGGGUGUGGGAAUGGCUGACCUGUGCCAUAGAUCGCAGAAACCACCAAAAAAAACCAAGAACAAAACAAACAAAAAUACAAUGGAAUUAGAUAACAAACUGCCAUCAAAUGUGAUUCAGGAAUUAAAUACAGUGCUGCAGAAAAACAGAACACUUCAUGAUGAUACAUCCAGCUGAUGUCCUGAGUCUGAAGUUUAGAAUAUAUAUUUUCUGGACAAAAUUAUGUGGCUUUUUUAGCGUGUAUAGUUUGUACAGUGCAGAGAAAACUUGUUUAUAUACUACUGUUGAUUUUGUGAGUAAGCCAUGGUACAAUUUAAGAUUGAACUGAGCUGAUUUUGCAAAAGUUCUGAAAUUUGUUUUGCUGUGUGAUACACUGGAACCUGGGUUUUCUCUGCCUUUUUUUUUUUUUUUGUUGUUAUUGCAUAUUUUGUUAGAUGGAAGAAUCGUAAGCACUAUCAAAAGCUCUUGCUCUGUUUAUAUUCUGUACCAUCCUGUAAGUAGUGGUGGGAGAUUUUAGAAUGAAGACAAGAUGUACACUGAAAUUCAUGCUGUUAACCUACAAUAUUUUAUUUAACACUAUAAAAAUGAGUAACAUCUGCUUAAGUGUGAUUUUUUUUUUUGCAUAUAAAUUUUUUUUAUUUAAGAAUGUCAUGAGUCUUAUUCCAUAAAUUUGUCCUCAGAGCAACAUGAAAUGAAUUAAAAUGGAGAGGGGUACAAUAGAUAAGGCAAUGCGUUAGUUCAAUGAAUUUGCAUCUCUAAACUGUGUCUAUAUUGUGUACAUCUGACUAUGAUAUUUUUUAGAAUUACUUAUGUUGUUACUGCAUUUCAUCCCAUAUAGGAUCAAUUUAUCCUCUCUCCUCUUUCUGGUAAUUACAGGUGCCAUAACAUUUCUCACAUCAGUUACUUCUAUUCUUGAUUGCAUUG